AUGGGAGAAGAAACAGUGAAAUUAAAGAAAAAUGUGGGACUCUUGUCGGGAAUUACACUUAUUGUUGGCACAAUGAUAGGUUCCGGAAUCUUUAUCUCGCCAAAAGGAGUUUUGCAGAAUUCUGGAUCUGUUGCUCUUAGCAUGAUUGUAUGGGUUGGAUGUGGGCUGCUAGCUACCAUGGGUGCAUUGUCAUAUGCCGAACUUGGCACAUGUGUACCGAAAUCUGGAGCUGAGCAUGCUUACUUUCUUUUUGCCUACGGACCCCUUGGCAAGAUGGUUGGUCCCAUACCAUGCUUUCUAUUUGAUUGGGUUGGCCUUUUCAUCAUCAGACCCACUAUGUUUGCUCUCAUUACGCUGUCUCUUGGAACCUACGCAGCAAAACCAUUCUAUGAAAAUUGUGAUCCUCCUGACUCAGUCGUGAAAAUUAUCACAAUUUGCACAAUGUUAUUGAUCGCUUUCAUUAAUGCCUGGAGUGUAAGAGUUGCGACUACAGUUCAGAAUGUACUCACAUUUUCGAAAUUACUCGCCAUAGCAAUCAUUGCUGGUGGAGGAAUGUACAAGCUGGCAAUUGGAAAUACAGAAUACAUUUCAGAAGGGAACAAUUUGAACUUUGUAACUGAAGAAUUGAAAAAUCCCACAAGAGACUUGCCAUUAUCUAUUAUCAUUGGAAUUCCUGUGACCACCGUCUGUUAUGUGAUAACUAAUAUUGGUUACCUGAGUGUUAUGUCAAAAGAAGAAAUCAAUUUGUCUCAUGCUGUUGCUGUGAUGUGGGGAGAAAAGGUCCUUGGAAUAAUGGCCUGGCUAAUUCCAAUGUUUGUGGUGAUGUCUUGUUUUGGAGCAGCCAAUGGAGUCCUCUUCUCUACUGGAAGAUUAUGUUAUGUUGCUGGACGUGAAGGACAUUUCCCCCAAGUCUUUUCACACCUUCAUUACCAACGAAUGACUCCAGUACCAUCUGUAGUAUUUACGGCAAUAAUGGGGAUCAUCGUUAUCAUACCUGGAAAAAUUUCCACCUUAAUUGAUUUUUAUAGUUUCUCAGCUUGGACUGUUUAUGGCCUUGGAGCAUUUACAGUGAUUUAUUUGCGUAUUACACGUCCAGACCUUAAAAGGCCUUACAAGGUCCCAGUUUUUGUUCCUGGCUUUGUUUUCAUUAUGUCUGUCUAUUUGGUCUUGGCUCCUGUCAUUCAGGAUCCCAAAAUGGAAUUUUUUUUUGCAUUUUUAUUCAUUUGCAGUGGAUUACUUUUCUAUUUCCCUUUUGUUUAUAUGAAACUGAUGCCACCUGGAAUAGAAAAGCUACAGAUAUUCUUACAGAAGCUGUUUGUUGUUUGCCCAACAGCAGCCAGCGUGCCAGUCGAUGAAGAUGAUUCAGAGAAAGAAAAAUCAGCAAAAAUGCUGUAA